CCGACCUUCGAAUUCCGCGAUGGAGGUUAAUUCUACCGGCGAGACGACUCGGUACCGGGGGGUACGUAGGCGGCCUUGGGGGAAGUUCGCGGCCGAGAUACGCGACUCCAACCGACAGGGGGCUCGUGUCUGGCUCGGGACGUUUAACACCGCCGAGGAUGCUGCCCGAGCUUACGAUAGAGCUGCUUAUGCCAUGAGAGGUCACUUGGCGAUUCUUAAUUUCCCGCACGAGUAUCCCAUGGGUAAUUUCGCCGCCGCUAAUGCCUAUCGACGUUCAUCUUCCGCCGGUUCGUCGUCGACUUCUUCGACGGAGAGAGGAAAACAAGUUUUCGAGAUCGAGUGUUUGGAUGAUAAUUUUCUUGAAGAACUUCUUGAAAUUGGAGAGAAAAAGAGCAAGAAGACAUGAAGUUAACAAUGGUGACAAUCUUCCCUGGGGC